GAAAGCAUGCAAGGUGAUAUGAAGAGGCUAGUGUGGCAAGAAAAGCAUGCAAGGUGUGAGGUUUGAUUAUAUUAGGCAGGGUGCAAGGGUUGGUGAGUGCAGUCAUGAAAGUUAUCUGAUGAGGAUGGCUGUAUUUGCAAGGUGGCUGGUCUAAUUUCAUGGCUGCCCGGGACCUGUGCCGGACCGUAUAAAAGGCAGUAUCUGUGUGGUAACCUCGCCUUGUGUGUAAGAGGCAGAUCAGUAUGAUGGCCUCGACCUGUAAAAGGUGGCGUCUGUGUGUUGCCUCCUCAUGUGACUGACCAGCGAAAACAUCGUCAGGAUGGCUGACCGUGAGAGACUGAGGUUGUCAUGACCUUGCUAUGUGAGAAGAGCUACAACUAUAUGAUUGAACUUAUCAUCAGUGAACAUUCAGUCCCAUUCCGUGUUUGAUACACGUGGUGUACGCUUUGUACAAUAUGAAAUAGUUGUGUUAUAAAAUGUAGUGUUCUAUUGGGUUAGGGUUUUUUUUGUGUGUGUAAAGGAUAUGUAUAGGAGUGAUUGUGUGCUACUAUUAUGUUUGGUGACGAAUGCGGUAUGAAUGAAGGGUGAUUUGGGGUUUGAUUUUGGGCAAAUGGUUUUGAUUCCAUUAUAUAUAUAAUUUUUGUAAUAAAUUUCAUUUAUUACAUUUCUGCCUUUGCAUUAUUCAUCUCGUAUUGUGACAUUUUGGUGGCAGCGGUGGGAUCUCAAUUCUUAUAGUCACAUAUGAGAUGAUUUGUAGGGUUGUUUGGUUUUAAUUUUCCAAAUUCCCUUAGUUUAGAUAUAGUGUAGUGGCUUUUGUUGGUUGCUCUUAGCGAUCUCUCGCGUUCCUUUAUUGUCUGGUGCUGGGUCUGCAGAUGUGCUGAGGUGAACGAGUCCCUUUGUUACAACUACCCUUUGAUAGAUUGUACAUUUCUACUUGUAGAUACCGUAGCCUUAGUUUUCUUUAUCAUGGACUUAGCGGCUCUUUGUGCUCUGGGGAAAGAGUUGGGUUAUACUGGGGAGAACUUACAGCAGUUUGUUAGGGAGCAGGUAGAGAUAGAGAGGGCUAGGGAAAGAGAUAGGUUAGAAAGGGAUGAACGGGAAAGAGUACGUGAGAUGAAAAAGUUGGAGAUUGAGAGGCUUAGGUUAGAGAAGGAGGAUAGAGAGAAGGAAAGGAAUCUGGAGUUAGAGAAGUUGAAGAUAAGUAUAGAGAGGGAUAGGUUACAAUUGGAGGCAGAGAAGACUAAACUUGGUAAGGGUUUAAAGCAGGAAGAAGAGAAGUCACCAGGGGUACCUAAGAUGCCCAAGAUGCCGCCAUUUGAGGACCAUAGAGAUAACAUCGAUGCCUACUUACAAAGGUUUGAACGUAUAGCUAAGGCACAGUCAUGGCCAGAGACGCAGUGGGCGACGUAUCUUAGCACUUUGUUGAAAGGUAAGGCACUUGAGGUUUACUCUCGUCUUGAUCCAGAUGAAGUUGAAGAUUACCAGGUGGUGAAACAAGCGUUACUAAAGCGUUACGAGAUGACUGAAGAGGGGUUCCAUCAGAAGUUCAGGUCUGCCAGAACAGAGACGGGUGAGACUUUUACUCAAUUUAUGGUCAGGAUCAAGAAUUACUUUGAUAGAUGGGUUGAUCUUAGUGGUAGUGCCAAGACUUUGAGGGUGUUCGUGAUUUGA